CUGUACACACUAUCUUUUCGGUAAUAAUUAAGAAGAGUUGGGCUUUACAACUGUGUGUUGACUUUGAAGUCUUGAGUCUUCCCCCUUCUGUUGUGUUAAGUUAUUCUUGUUGAUGGGUAGAUAAGAAAAUCAAGCUUGUAAUAUAGGGUUGGAAAUGGCGUGUUAAUGUUUGAAUCUCUCCUUCAAUAAUAGGAUCUGGUGUUCUGUCAGAGAAUUGGAGGGACAUCCAAUAUUAUCUUUUGUAUGGGAAAGAAGUGUGUAUGCAGAGUAUGGCCGUAUGGCUAUUAAAAUUUGGGACAAAUUAAGCAGCAUAAUGGCACAGUUUGAGGACAACAAAAUGGAAUACGCCGAUGAUGAUGAUGACUCCUAUGACAUGGUUAGUUGGAAAGAGUUCUUCAUCAUCCCAACUGAUUCUGAUAAAGAAGACUCGUCUGAUGAAAUUAAAUCUCGGAAGAAUGAAAGCUGGAAAGAGUUCUGCUUGAGCUCUAUUGAUUCUGAUAAAGAAGACUCGUCUGCAGAAAGCAAAUCUCAGAAGAAUGAAUUAGAGUCUGAAGCCUCCUCGAGUGAUGAUGAGACUGACAUGAUUGAAUUGCAGUUUGACAGAGUUCUUGCUUAUGGGAAAGUAAAUCCCACCCUGUUUGAAUUUCCUGCACACGUCAAGCGCAAGGACACAGAGAUUAAAGAUGUUGUGAAGAACCAUGUCCUUCCUUUUCUUCCUGCCAAAUCGCUCAUCAGGUUCAGAACCAUUUCCAAGGACUGGGAUAAAUGGAUCAGUAGUCCCUUUCUAGCCCAUGCGCAAAGUUAUUCUUUCCAGAAAGUAUCUGGAUUCUUCUGUCAGCCUGGCGACUGCACUCCCACUUUCAUAACACUCGAUCAACAUGCUUACGGGAUUCCUAGCACCUCCCUCGAGUUCUUGCCAGAACCCACUGUAAUUCGAAGCUCCUGCAAUGGAUUGCUUCUAUGCCAAGGCCAUGAUGGAGAAAAUGUUUACUACAUUUGCAACCCAGUGAACAAGGAAUGGAGGGUACUUCCCAGGCCAAAUUACUACCAUCAGUCUGAACCGGCCAUUGUACUAGCCUUUGAACCCUGGGAGCUCAACAUUGCAGCUCAUUUCGAGCUCAUUUGUGCCUUCCCUUUAAUUGACGUCCCAAUAGUUUAUUUUGAAAUUUACUCUUCAGAGAAAAGGUCUUGGAGAUGCUCUACUGCGAGCUGCAUUGAACUGGGUGAAUUGACCACGCUGAAAGGUGGGUUUUACAUGAAGGGAAUGGUAUAUUGGGAAACUUCAUCAGGUAAUGUACUUGCCUUUGAUAUGAAAAAUGAAAUUUGUGGAAUUUUGCCGCUCCCUUGUGUCAGCGGAGAGGGUGGAGUUUUGGCUCAAAGGCAGGGGGAGUUGUGUUACGUUCAGGCACGUUAUCAGAAAGGGAAUGACUAUGCAAUAGCCAUAUAUGCGGGUAUGGAGAUGAGCCUGAAGCAUAAUAUUGCUGUGAAAAUCGAACGUGACCAGGGAGGAUUAACUCAUCAUCAGUGUCGAGCUUUGGCUUGUGUCAACGACGAUGUUGUGAUGAUUUUAGUUGGGAUGGUGGUGUAUUCUUAUCAUCUUAGAGAACAGAAAGUUGAAGUCAUUAGCAGGAGACAGGAUUUCGGGGGGAGGUACUUGCCAUAUGUGAAUAGCCUCGUGUUGUUGGCACCUGAGUACUAGUACGUCUCACACUUUCUUAUUGAGUCUUGGAAUGUAGGACUUAUUGAGUCUUUCACGAUGUUAAGUCUUUUGCUAUGUAAUUGAAUGGGAUGAUCUGAAUCCUUUUGCUUUUGCUUGCUUAGCAAAAUAUAUAUAAUUUGAAUAGGAGAUGGUGUUCUGUUUUU